AUGGCUGCUUUUACUCCAUACAGCGAGCAACCCUCGCUACACACUCACGCGCCCUACCGCGCAGCUUCCCUCACACAGCCUGCCAAUCUUCGCCAGGCACUGAAAGAUGCACAGGCCGAUGCAAGCAAGAGUCUCAUGGGCAUUGCACAGGGUAUUCCCAGCACGUUUGUGACCAAGCUUAUUGCAAGCACGAAGCCAGAUUUCAUCUGGAUGGAUGUUGAGCAUGGCAUGUUUGAUCGGUUGACAUUGCACGAUUGUAUACACGCUGCACAGCACCACUCUGAAGGAAAAUCAAUGGUCAUUUGCCGUGUACCCAAACGCGAUGAAAUCAGUCUCACUACUGCACUCGAUGCUGGCUGCGCUGGUAUCGUGAUUCCCCACGUCGAGUCUGCAGAUGAAGUCCGGCAGUUCAUCAAGGAGAUGUACUUUGGUGACGGAAAAGGCCACCGCUCAUUCUCCCCAUGGACCUUCACCCCUGGCCUAACCAAAUCCCUGUACCCAAAUGACCCUUACAACGUCCAAACUGCAAACAACCACGUUUGUCUCAUCCCACAAAUCGAAUCGCUCAAGGGCCUUGAGAAUGCCGAGGAGAUUGCUGCCGUACCAGGCAUUUCCGGACUCAUGUUUGGUCCGGGCGAUUUUAUGAUCGAUGCUGGAAUGGAUAUCAACACUGUAUUGGCUGGCCAACCUGAACCCAAAUUUCUUGAGGCCAUGGCCAAGUUCAAUGCUGUUGCUGCGAAGAAUGAUUUGCCGAUCUUCGGUGGUGUCAUGAGCCUAGAGCAACUACCUAUGGCUAUUCAAACCGGCAUGCGCGCUAUCGCUGUCCAGUUCGACGUUUGGGGCACGACGAGGCUGAUGGCGAAUUCGUUGGAGCAAGGAUGGAAGGCUGCAAAGGAGUUUGAGGGAAACCCCAGGCCGGGUUUUUCAAAUGGAACAAGCAAGAAGGCCGGUGAGAAUGGGGAGAAUAGGGAGAACGGAGCGAAUGGACAUUAG